AUGGCAGAACUUGACCGUCGCAACAACGCGGUGAACAUCAACCCAUUCACACAGAACAACAAGAGCGUUGUCGUUCAUCAGACCGACCGCGGUUCCGACUGGUACUAUGCCGUGUGCGCGGUCAUGGGGGUGACGGCGCUGGCCAUUCUGGGCCUGAGCCGUCUCAAGCCUCGCACCGACCGCAUUUUCUUCUAUCUGUCGAGCGGACUGUGCUUCGUUGCCUGUAUCGCCUAUUUCGCCAUGGGCUCAAACCUAGGUUGGACGCCCAUUGACGUCGAAUACCUCCGCAGCGACUCCGAGGUCGCGGGACGGAACCGCCAGAUUUUCUACGUUCGAUACAUCGAUUGGGUCAUAACAACCCCCUUAUUGCUCACAGACCUCCUCCUCACCGCCGGCAUGCCAUGGCCCACGAUUCUGUGGGUGAUAGGUCUUGACGAAAUCAUGAUCGUGACCGGUCUGGUAGGCGCCCUCGUGAAGUCUCGAUACAAAUGGGGUUUCUACGCCUUCGGCUGUGCCGCCAUGUUCUACGUCUUCUACGAACUCGCGUUCCCGGCCCGCCGCCACGCCGCCGCCCUGGGCAACGAUGUCCACCGCGCAUUUGUUCUCUGUGGAGUCUUGACUCUGGUCGUUUGGCUUUGCUACCCCAUCGCCUGGGGCGUGUCUGAGGGCGGCAACGUUAUUGCACCUGAUAGUGAAGGUAUCUUUUACGGCAUUCUCGACCUCCUCGCCAAACCUGUCUUUUCGCUCGCCCUCAUCUAUUCGCACUGGAGUAUCGAACCCGCCCGUCUCGGCGUCCAGAUCAGAGAGUUCGGCCCUACCGACGACCUCAGCUCGGCCGAGCGCGAGAAACGGUUUGGCAACGGCCAAUCUAAUGGGAAUAACGGUGUUACAGGUGGCGUGGCGGGAGAUCACCAUGCGGUCGCGCCGGGGUCCCCCGCCGUUUGA